AUGGCGGGGCAGGAGAGUUUUGCAGGUUUUGGAAUAGCUCAACAAAAUCAUUAUUACUGGUACUGGCAAAGGGGGAAGCUAGUGUUCCAACCCUGCCAAGCUUACCACUCCGGCAACUGGUUUGAACACCAGCACAGCGGUUACUCCCUUUCUGUCUCCACCUGUGGCUGUGCAGCAGAUGGAAAUGGACUCGACCUUUCUGUGCGGGAGACCUCUGGACCCCCAGCUGAAACUCUGGUCCCGCCUAAGGAAAGCAGAGCUCUGGCAGAGAAGCAAGAUGAAGACCCACUAGAAGAUCCAAACCUUCAUGUGAAUAUUGAGGAAUUAAACAAGGAGUUUAUGAUGAAAAGUGAGGAACUCUACGACUCUCUCAUGAGUUGCCACUGGCAGCCUUUGGAUACGGUUCACUCUGAAAUCCCAGAUGAGCCCCUGGAGAAGCAUGAUGUUCAUUAA